AUGAACCGGUUGGUAUUUCAAGGAGGCGGGUUACCUGAUGGAACUAAAGUAGUUUACAAGUCUCAUAGAAGGGAACUCUUAAAAGGUUACAAGUGGGGUCAUGGAAUAUUCUGUUUUUGCUGCAACACUGAGGUUAGCCCCUCACAAUUUGAAGCUCAUGCUGGCCAGGCUUCUCGCAAAAAACCAUAUGGAAACAUCUUUCUUUCAAAUGGUGUGUCACUCCAUGAGUAUGCAUCUUCUUUAAAGCUAACUGUUGGACACAAUUUAAAGAAGAAUGAUGAACUUUGUGGAGUUUGUAAGAAAGGUGGAGACUUAGUGCUCUCUGAUGGAUGCCCAAGGUCAUUCCAUGAAGAAUGUAUAUCUGACUCAAGUGCCCAUGAAGAAAAAUGGUUCUGCAAAUAUUGCAGAAACUCUAUGAAAUGUGUGGUUCAACAUUCAGAAUUUGAUCCAAUUGAGCAAAUUGCAAAACGUUGCAUUCAGAUUGUUUAUAAUCCUGAUAAAUGUGACCUGGUUGCAUGUUCUAUUUGCAGAGCCUAUGAUUUCAACACGGUCGGCUUCAAUGAUCAGAUUGUUAUUGUUUGUGAUCAGAUUUAUCCCCCUAAUCCAUUUUCCAUACCUUGCAGUGUGAGAGGGAAUAUCAUAUUGGCUGUUUUCAUUGAUUGCAACAGAAAUGCUUCAAUCCUAUUGUUGAUUCCAUUACUGGAAGUGGAUUUAUUCCAUCAAUGGCAUAUGGCCAAUUGGCAGACAAUGGGAGAUUCCGACUUCACAAGAGUUCAUUGUGCAAUGCUGACAAUAGAGUCAAAGGUUAUUACGGCUGGAAUGUUUCGUGUAUUUGGGGCAGAUGUUGUAGAGCUUCCAAUAGUUGCUACUAAUGAAACCAACCAAGGAAAGGGGUACUUUGAACUCUUUGAGAAGCUACUUGCAUAUCUUAAGGUUAAGAAGAUGGUGGUUCCAGCUGCUGAGGAUGUUAAGUCCAUGUGGAUUCAGAAAUUUGGUUUUGAAAAAGUAACCCCAACUCAGCGGAGGGAAUAUAGACAAACAUUGACCUCAAUGGUCGCAUUUCAAGGAACAUGCUUCUUAGAAAAGGAGGUGGUGGGGCCUCAUGGUGGAGUUACUUUUCAAGAUGGUUUCUGUUUCAGUCUUUCUAUGCAGAAGUAA